AUGAACAUGGAUAUAGACUUCACGCGCCGCAACAAGAAGCCCAGGCCGCUCUCCGAGGCCGAGAAGGACAAGCUGGACGAGUUCGUCGAGAGCAUCCACUACUCCGCAAGAUACUCCGACAGCGAAUUCGAGUAUCGUCACGUCCAGCUGCCCAAGCAGAUGCUCAAGGCCAUACCAAAGGAGUAUUUUGAUGGCUCAAGGGGGACACUGAAGCUGCUGUGGGAAGAGGAGUGGAGAGCUCUGGGCAUCACGCAGAGUCUGGGCUGGGAGCACUACGAAGUUCAUGAGCCCGAGCCGCACAUUCUCCUCUUCAAGCGGCCCAUCAACUACCAGCCCCCCAUGCACUGA